AUCCUUCCGGUGGGUGGCUGUUAGUGGGCUUUUCAAAGCACGGUUCUGAAGGUACCUUACGAAAACCGCGUUCAAGCAAAUAAUGAACCCAACGCGUGUUUGAUCGCAACACACGCUGGUAUUGGUGAAGGAAAAUAGUGCCAAAGAACGCAUCCCCGGGAACAAGGAAGGACGCAAGGAUUAGAGCACCAGUAGCAGCCGCAAACCGAAACACAAAACAAUGGCCGAACAAAACGAAAACAGUGCGAUGAAGAAGAGCGUCAAAAUUCAGGACUACAUUUCGCCUGGUAUCUCGCGCGAGCGCAGCUUCAUACGCACAUCGAACCAGCAGCUCAACAGCAACAACAAACGGCGCAGUUUGGCAUUCAGCCAGAGCCAGGCCCAUCAGCACGCUCAGCAGCAACUACGCGAGGGUCGCCUGGACGGGUUGGCGGGUCUCAACAACAAGCUGAACGUGCACGCGCAGGAAUUCCAGAUGAACAACCUUCCACUCAACGAUCAUCGAUUUCCACUGCAAAGCUCCAGGUCGCUGAACAUCUACAGCAGCUCCCUGCAGCACUCGAAAUCGAGCGUCACGAUGCCGCUGGGCGGAAUGCCUCCAGGACGGGCACAUCACGCGCUCCAGCUAGGCAGCAUUGGCAGUCCCGUCCCGAGAGGAUCACUCAUGAUGCCCAACCACAACCCAUUGCACCAUGUUGGCGUGCCGUUGCAGCAAUCCCACAUGCCCCUGGUAAACUCGCCCUCAAGCAGCAACAUCCUGCACUCCAGCGGACCACGCGUCAAGUUCGCCCCGGAACCGAUGCUUCACACCGCCACACACCCACACAGCAGCCACUCGCCACACGCCUCCUCCAUCAGCAGCAACAGCAACAGCAACAACAACAACAACACCAGCAACAUCAACAACAACAACAACACCCAACUGAAUCUGGCCCCUUUGCAGCGCUCGAAGUCCCUCUCGUCGGCGGAUACGCUGGCUCGCGGGUUGGCCAGUCUCGGAUUGGGGAUUGGGGGUGAGGCGAACGACAUCGGGAUGUUCCCACCGGAGGUGCAGGCCGCCAUCAACAAGGCGAUCGAUGAUCCGAACCAGCUGAAUGCCCGCUGCCUGAUGGAGCUGGCUGCCCAGCUGUUGCAUCGUGCCGUCGAUGGGCGCCGCUACUCACUCCCCAUAUCGCGUGUCUGCAUUUCGAUCAUCGCCAAGGAGAAGAAGGAAACGUUUCUGGAGGCGUUGCUCAACACCUGCCGCCAGUGGUACCAGGAGCGAGAGAAGGUGCUCGGUGCGAUGCAGAACUCGAAGAAUCCGUCCAGGCCACGGUUCACCUCGUUCAUGGCUUUCCUCACGGAGAUGUUCUGCCAGCUGAAGCGACGUCAGCUGCAGCUCCGCACCGAGUGUGACGGUGUUCCACCACCGCUGGUGCUCCUGACCGUCCUCGGCAAGUGCUGUGAGGAUUGUGUCCAGCCACCGGUUAGGUCCCUGUCAGAGAUCGAAUGUCUGUUCUUCGUGCUGACCUGUAUCGGACGCGAUCUGGAGACACAUCUACCACAACAGCUCGAAUCCUUGCUGGCCGGAGUUCGUGAUGCGUUCCUGAAUUCGGCCGCUUCGGCACCAGCUAUUCGUCGCACACUGUUGCAGCUGAUCGAGCUGCAGGCGUCCCACUGGCAGCUGCCUGGCAACACCGUCCUGUACUACUAUCCCUCCUCCAAGUAAACCCGCUUGGAUGUGGAGGUUCGCAGCGGCACACCUGCGCCAUCUUUCUUUUUAUUUUCUUUGAUUCAUUUUGGAUUGUCGUUGCUGUUGAUGGACUGCAUGUCUGGUACCGCCGGCCUGGCAGUAGGGCACGUGUGGUGCGCACCGUCGCGAACGAGACGAGACGAAUCGAACGGAGCAAUGAAUUGCAACAAAAUGGAAGACAGAACGAGAGUACGACGCGUCCGAGCGUCCUCACCCCUACUCGAAAACGCUCACCGACGCCUAAGACGACGCGAUCAGACUACAUUCCAUCAAGCUGGUGAAAACAGGACUAGAGCGGAAGGACGCGAAUGUCACGGACAGCAACAACUAAAAACAAAAAAAAAGAAACUAACACACCUGUUAGCUCGCUAGCAAAACGACGGGCUCGCACUUGGACGUGCCAAGCACUACGCUAAAACGACGAUCAGGGACGAUCCCUUCAUGUACUCAUCAUCCGUAACCGUAGCUAGGGCUUUCUUCUUUUCUUUUGCCUAAAUUGUCUUUUUGUUUUUGGUUUUGUUUGUCUUUGCAACCACUUGUUGCGCUGCUUCCCGCAUCAUGUCAUGUCAUCUUCGGUUCCCUUGAUGUACCGUUUGUACUAAAUACGAAACGCGAAUGCACCGUUCAAAACCACUUAUCGGCAUUAUUACGAAACGAUUGAUUACGAACCCCAAAACGCGUGAGCGGAUUUGUUAUGCUAAGUAAGUUACCCACUCGCUGAACAGUGACACACACAGCGGGGACGGGUUUAGUUCUGCAGCCCCUCAAACCAGUGCCAUUGGCCACCGCACGGUAACACGGCCUGUAUUAGGCAACCGAGUGAUGUAGCGAGAGAAAAAACCAUCCCCAUGAGAACUCGCAACAACAACAAAAAACCAGCGAACAAGCAUAAUCCUAGUCACUUGCAGGAGUGGCAAAAGUAGGUUGCACUUUGCGCAUAAUGCCAACUGCAGGCUGUAGUAGACACUGAUAAUUAUAUCCCUCCUUGUUUUUAAACUGACCCGCAGGCGACUGACUGAGGCGUCCGAUGCCACAAACGGUCAAGGAAGAAGAGAGCGUGAAAAGCUUUCAUUUUCCAGCCGGUUUGGUUAUCUUUUUUCUUGUUGUUUUCUUGCAUUCGUUCACCUGCAGCAAACGUAGCCAUAUGCACCUGCCCGCCGGACGAGUGGGCCUUUUUUUACGGUGGCCAUUUUUUUAUUUAUUCGGAUAGAAAACCGGGGGAAGCAAAAGCGCCUGGUAAAAAUUUAGGAAACGCACCGCUUACGCUAAGAGAUGGUAAGAUUUUGUAUGUAAAAGUUGUCGCUCAAACAAGUAGAUUGUACCGUUUAUACCAAGUAAGGGAAAUAUAUCUCCUCC